AUGUGUAGCUCCGUGACUGCCAAGCUGUGGUUUUUGACAGAUCGACGGAUCAGAGAAGACUAUCCACAGAAAGAGAUCUUACGUGCUCUGAAGGCCAAAUGUUGUGAGGAGGAACUGGACUUCAGGGCUGUAGUGAUGGACGAGGUGGUGCUGACAGUUGAACAAGGAAAUCUGGGUCUACGGAUCAAUGGAGAGCUCAUCUCUGCCUACCCACAGGUGGUGGUAGUGAGAGUUCCAACCCCAUGGGUGCAGAGUGAUAGUGAUAUCACUGUUUUGCGCCACCUAGAGAAGAUGGGGUGCCGACUGAUGAACCGACCUCAAGCUAUCCUGAACUGUGUUAAUAAAUUCUGGACAUUUCAAGAGUUAGCUGGCCAUGGUGUACCUCUGCCAGACACUUUUUCUUAUGGUGGCCAUGAAGACUUUGCUAAAAUGAUCGAUGAAGCAGAAGUCCUGGAGUUCCCAAUGGUAGUGAAGAACACUCGGGGCCAUAGAGGUAAAGCUGUUUUUUUGGCACGAGAUAAACACCAUUUAGCUGAUCUAAGCCAUCUUAUUCGGCAUGAAGCUCCAUAUCUAUUUCAGAAAUACAUUAAAGAGUCUCAUGGAAAGGAUGUACGAGUCAUUGUUGUGGGAGGCCGUGUCGUUGGCACCAUGUUACGUUGUUCGACAGAUGGAAGGAUGCAAAGUAAUUGUUCACUAGGUGGUGUGGGGAUGAUGUGCUCAUUGAGUGAACAAGGGAAGCAGCUCGCUAUCCAGGUGUCUAAUAUCCUGGGGAUGGAUGUCUGUGGCAUUGACCUGUUGAUGAAAGAUGACGGCUCCUUCUGUGUCUGCGAGGCCAAUGCAAAUGUAGGUUUCAUCGCCUUUGAUAAGGCUUGUAAUCUAGAUGUAGCUGGUAUCAUAGCAGACUAUGCUGCCUCCCUUCUGCCCGCUGGCCGGCUCACCCGGCGCAUGUCCCUGCUCUCUGUGGUGUCCACGGCCAGUGAGACUAGUGAGCCGGAGCUCGGUCCCCCUGCCAGCACUGCUGUCGACAGCAUGAGCGCAAGUUCCAGCUCUGUCGAUAGUGACCCUGAAAGCACCACCGAGCGAGAGCUGCUCACCAAGCUCCCAGGGGGGCUUUUCAACAUGAACCAGCUGCUAGCCAAUGAAAUCAAACUCCUGGUGGAGUGA